AUGCUCGCCCUCGUCCGCUCGUUGGUCGCUGCCUCUGCGCUUGCUGGCCUUGCAUUCGCUUCGCCAACGCGUCGGGACCUGCCCUCGGGCGAUGUUACGUGCGGUAGCAAUGAUUACACCGUCGAUGAGGUCUCCGCUGCAGUGAGCGCCGGCGUUGAUCAUGUCGAUGACCCUAUCGGCUCCGACAGCUACCCUCACACAUUCCGUGACGAUGAGGGCCUGACACUCUAUUGCUCGGGUAGCAGCUGGCUCGAGUUCCCGAUUCUGGAGUCCGGUACAUACGACGGUGGCAGCCCUGGAGCGGACCGCGUCGUCUUCGACACUGAUGGCAACUACUGCGCCGUAAUCACGCACACAGGCGCUUCUGAGACAAACGGUUUCGUCUCCUGCGAUAACGACUAG